AUGCUCAAACCGUUUAUCUCUGAAGGACCCGUGUUCAAUGUUGGUGUGUUGGGAUGUGGGGAAGUGGCUCAAGUUGCACAUAUCCCAAAUCUUCAACUCGCCAAUCACAUGUACAAUGUCGUAGCCGUUUGUGAUAUCUCAUUGGAGGCUGCUCAACAUUGUGGGGAGAAAUUUCAUGUGAAAGAGGUUUAUACGGAUUAUAAAGAACUUCUAGCUUCCCCAACUAAAAUCGACCUAGUUUUCGUCCUCACAAAUGACGCAUUCCAUUGUACCCACAUUACAGCCGCACUUAGAGCUGGGAAACAUGUCUUCAUCGAGAAACCUAUGGCUCAGACUUUGGCGGAAUGUGAUAAAAUCGCCAAGGUAUCCAAGGAAACUGGGAAGAUUGUUUUCGUUGGGUAUAUGAGACGAUACGCUCCUGCUUUGUUAGAAUUGAAAGAGAUUUUGAAAGGGCAUGAGAAUGAUAUCAAAUAUGUUAGAGUUAGGGAUAUUAUUGGGAAUAACAUGUACUUCACUCAAAAUUCCGGAAUGUAUCAACGUUACUUUACACCUCCUAACGAUCCAAGUAUCGCUGAAGCCCUCGUACGAAACUUUAAAGAAAACCUACCAGAACUCGAACCUAGCAAAUAUAACAUUGCCAGUCUUUCCCUUCUUGGUAGUUUGGCAAGUCACGAUCUUUCCGCUAUGCGUGAUUUGAUCGGGAUGCCAAAGAGGAUUUUGGCUGCAGCUAGGGCACCGGACGAUGGGAGUCCAAGACCUGUUUGGUGGACUGUUUUGUUUGAUUAUGGUACUUUCAGGGCGUUUUACGAGAUGUCUAUUGACGCAGUACCCAUUUUCGACGCUCAGAUCGAGGUUCAUACGGGGGAUAAACGUAUCAAGGUACAAUAUGAUACACCAUACGUUAAAGGUCUUCCUAUAACCUUGACCACCCUCUCUUCUCCUAAAGGUUUAGGUGAUCUAGAUACCUCUGUCUAUCGUCCGACACAUGAAGAUACAUACACUAUCGAAUUACGUGUAUUGUACGACGCAUUGACUAAAGGAACACCUUUCAAGACCACUCCGGAGGAUGCUAAACAAGACGUGGAGCUUAAUCUGGCUAUCAUGCGUGCGUUGAAGGAGUAA